GGCAAACUACAAAGGAUGCUGUGAUGGCAGCUGGAUUGCGGUAUCCCAACAAGGUGGUCAUAGUAACACCAAGGGCAUCGGUGAAGGCAUUGUCAGAGAAUUUGCUUACCAGAAAAUGAAUGCUCCACCUCUCGAGGCAUCUCAGGGAAACCACAUGGUGCUGUAUUUAAAACGUCAUCUGAAUGCUGGGACAUCAGGCAAACUACAAAGGAUGCUGUGAUGGCAGCUGGAUUGCGGUAUCCCAACAAGGUGGUCAUAGUAACAGGGGGCACCAAGGGCAUCGGUGAAGGCAUUGUCAGAGAAUUUGUCCACCAAGGAGCCAAAGUGGUUUUCUGUGCCUCAGAAAGUGAGGAACAGGGGAAGGCGAUUGUGCAGGAACUGAAGGAUUGUGGGGCUGCUGGGGAAGCUCACUUUCAGAUCUGCGAUGUUCGCUGUGAACAAGAUAUUCAGAAUCUGGUUGCUGUGACAAUUGAACUGUAUGGACGCCUUGAUUGCCUGGUGAACAAUGUUGGAAUCCAUCCCCGUAAUAGAACAAUUGAUGAUUUCACGGCAGAAGAUUUUCGCAGCCUCAUGGACAUCAAUGCUGUCAGCUACUUCUUAGCAUCUAAGUAUUCUCUGCCUUACCUCCGAAAAACAAAAGGGAACAUCAUCAACAUUUCCAGCCUUGCCAAUGUUAUUGGAGGCAAGCAGUCUGUAACCUAUAUUGCAACCAAGGGUGCUGUUACUGCAAUGACAAAAGCUCUGGCUAUCGAUGAGAGCAAAUAUUGUGUCCGAGUCAACAGCAUUUCACCUAGCAAUAUCUGGACUCCAGCAUGGGAAAAGGAGGCAAGCGAAACACCCAAUCCAGAGGCAACAAUCCAGAAAGGCAAAGAUUUUCAGCUUAUGGGACGGAUGGGGACCCCUGCAGAGAUUGCCAAGGCUGCCCUGUUCCUUGCUACCGAUGCCACAUUCUGCACAGGGUGUGACCUUGUGGCCAGUGGUGGGGCUGAGCUUGGCUUUGCCCAUAAGAGCCCAUUUACUCCCAGAUGUGACUCUAAAAACUAGUGGAGUCAACUGGAAAGGGAGUUCAAUCCCUGGAUGAAUCCAUUUUUCCACCCAAGGAAAUGGCUGCUGCAAUUGCUCCUUGAUAUUGUAACACUAACAACAAACAUGUCUUUUCAUAUGUAAACAAUUCCAGUGUGUACACUCAAUAAACACUUAAUGCUACACA